UCUAAAAACUAUAUUUUUGGCUUCGGUAUCGAUUGUAAUUCACACCCCAAGUAUUCUUAAAAAAAAAAUAUUCAAAUGUUCUGACUUUCCUAAUUUUAUUAUAUUAUGUAUAGAUUUACAACUUACAAUGCCAUAAUCUAGAUUUCAUACAUCAAUAGAAAGAGCUUGUAUAUAGAGCAAUAUUUUAAAGCAGGCAGUCUAGUAGCAGCUUGUAUGUUAGGUCAACCCAGUAACGUGGGACUUGUUGCGAAACUGCUAAAAACGUAAUAUGCACGGAUGACCGCCCCCACUGUAACCACCUCGUCUCCGUGGCUGAAGCUAUCAUUGACGUUACGGUCGCGAUGAAUAGUGCUCGGUGCUUCGCGUAUAUGCCGGGGCCCAAGCCCUUGCCUCUUUUGGGCAACUCCUGGCGUUUCGCUCUAGGCUCGAAGCCCUGGCGCACAAGCGCUUUAGACAUUACUCUAUGGACACUGAGGAUGCUGGCCGGUGACGGCGGCGCAGCUAAAGUGGCUAAACUGUUCGGUCAUCCCGAUUUAGUGUUUCCUUUUUGUGCCGACGAAACUGCCCGAAUCUAUAGAAGGGAAGAUGCAAUGCCCUACCGAGCAGUGGCACCAUGUCUUAAGCAUUACAAACAGGAAUUGCGUAAAGAUUUUUUCGGCGAUGAACCUGGACUAAUCGGAAUAAUGGAAACUCUCGUGGACAAUGAUCGCGAGCUUCCUAGCGAUUUUUUGACAGAACUCUAUAAGUGGGCAUUGGAAUCAGUCGGCGCGUGGGCCCUAGGUUCACGUUUGGGGUGCUUAAACGAUAACGAUACGGAGGCUAGAGAAAUCAUUCGAUGCAUACACGGUUUCUUCCAUAGUGUGCCAGUUUUGGAACUGUCAGCCCCACUUUGGCGGUUAUACGCCACUACAGCAUAUAAGACUUAUGUGGAAGCAUUGGACGCUUUCAGGAUGAUCUGCUUAAAGAGAUUGGCUGACAAGGGUGUAUGUGCUGAUAUAGCCAAGAUUUCAGGAGAAAAAGUUGCAACCAUACUGGCAUUAGAUUUACUAUUAGUCGGUGUGGACACAACCGCCGCGGCGGCUGCGAGCACGAUGUACAUGCUGGCUACGAACCCGAGAGCCAAAAAAAGGUUGCAAAAAGAAUUGGACUCAUAUUUACCUACAAACAGAACUGUGACAAGCAAAGACUUAAACAAGUUACCGUACCUCCGAGCUUGCAUAAAGGAGACCUUGCGGAUCAAACCAGUUAUUUUGGGGAACGGUCGGUGUAUCCAAUCUGACGCUGUGAUAUCCGGAUACGAAGUUCCGAAGGGGUCGCAUGUCGUGUUUCCGCAUUAUAUUAUGUCUAAUGAGGAGAAAUAUUUCCCUUCGCCGCAAGAAUACGUUCCGGAGCGGUGGUUACGCGAUAAUGAUGUUAACCAGAGAGAAGUGAUCCGCUGUUCCGUGUCACGGUCGAGGAAAGGUGUCGUCGCAGGGUGCGAGCAAGAGAUAUUACGUGAUUCGGAACAGGUCCUGCAUAGCAGCGACGAUGACGUGACAGCGGUGUGUCGAAAACAGAAAGAGGUUGGGAUACACCCGUUCGCCUCGCUUCCUUUCGGCUUCGGCCGGCGAAUGUGUAUCGGGAAGAGAUUUGCAGAAGCCGAACUACAACUUUUAUUAGCUAAGACAUUCCACCGUUACGAUGUGUCUUGGAGUUACGGUGCGCUAACAUAUAGCGUGACACCCACCUACGUGCCCAACGAGCCUUUGAAGUUUACAUUGACCCCGAGAAAAAAAGACAGAUUACAUAAAUAUAGUUAGUUGUAAUAAAACACUUCAAUAUGUGCACUUGUGCACACUUCAUAGAACAGCUAACGGAUUAUCUGAUAGCGAUUUACUGAAGAAACUUUUAUUCAGGGUCCCUACUCGAUCUGUGCGUGCACAGCGAUUGUUCAAUGUACCAGCAGCAAAAAGUAUCCCAAAAUGGUCCCUUGCGUAGAAUGUGCAAUCACUACAAAGAUAUUUGUUUAAGUUGUGAUUUAUUUAAUUGUAGUAUACCUGUUUUUAGAAAAGAAAAUGUAUAUUAACAAUAAUGCAGACCAGUUAAAUUACUGUAUAAUUCUUUAUACUUAAGUAACUACGUUAUUUUAAGGUUAACAUCAGCAGUAAGGUGUACAUUUGAUUGUAAAGUGAAUGAAUUGCAUCUUGUUUAAGUCCAGAAAAAUACCGAUAGUCAAUAGUUAGAUAUAUAAAUUAACGUUUAUUAAUACGAUCUGUAAGAUGUUUAUUUAGUCCUAUUGCGAAAAAUAAAAUAAUUGCAAAUUGUAUACGACGAUACAAGUAUGUAUAUAGGUAUUAAUUAGUUUGUAAGCCUACUAACUAAUUAAAACUCAAACAGUAUUAAAUUGAUAAGGUUUCCAUUGUUUUUUAUUUAGCUGUAUAGCGGUGGAAUAUUCACGGUACCAUAUAGGUAAAACACUAAGUACAUCCACUAUCUGAUAGCGAUUAUUACAAAAAAAAUAUUAACAAAAAUAAAGCCGACUUCGAUAAAACAAAACCACUAAAAGUUAAGAUAUAAUACAUUUUCUUUAGUAAAGUCUAAAGUACCUUUAAAGUCAAAUUAAUAUUUGGGGUCGGUGCCAUGCCAACCCACGUAGUAAAUGGAAACGAUGGAAACUCAGAUCUGUCAGGUAUGCAUUAUGGCACCUCUCUUUCAUAUUUUGUAAAAUAACCAAACACGAUAUGUGUUCUAUUCGUAUUUGAGGAGUUCCGUUGUUUAUUUUCCAAAGUAUUUAUCAGAUCUUCUUCACCAAAUUAAUAUGGGACCAUCUCGCUAAGAAACUAAAAAAAUAAGUUUGUUUGUAACGCGCCUAAAUACUCCACAUUAUUCCAGAACGCGGACUAAAGUUAAUCUUCAUUUAAACCUAAUGUUGUUUUCUUUUUAGCAAACAAAAGUGACAACAUCAGUUUUAGUUCUGGUUUAAUUUUAGUCUACGUACUGAAAGGUCUAUUCUCUAUUCAACUUCAUCUGAGACAAAAGGUAAACUAACCAUAAAAAGGUUUUUCAAUAGGUCGAAUUUUAUAAGUUUACAAAAUAAUAAAGAAGAAGUGACAUUAAAAAGACCUAAAAUUGUAGCUAUUCCUAAACUACUACACUUUGACUGAAUAUAUCUCUACUAAAUUGAAGAAAAUAUUAUAUGUUGAAAUGUGAAAUUUUGUUAUUAGUCUGGUUAUAUUGGCCAUCUUUAUUCUAGAUAAAAAAGUUCUAGAAACUUUGGUUUAUUUGUUUAGCUUUUGUCACAGAAGUAGUUGAAUACAAUGUUUAUCUAUUAUUAGUUACUAGAGGUCGCCCGCGACUUCGUCUGCGUUUACUUAGUUUCUUUGUAAAUCCCUCUGGAAUCUAACACUUUUUCGGGAUAAAAGUAGCCUAUGUGUUAAUCUAGGGUGUCAGCUAACUCCAUACCA